AUGGCAAAAGCACCACUUAAACAAUUAUCUGUUAAUACUUUUGAAAGUAAUCGAAUUAUUUCACCAAAAUCAUCGUCGAAAAAGAAUGCACCUAUAAUUCAUGAUACACAAACAAUAAAGAAAAGAAAUGCUGUUUGUAAACAAUUAAUACCUAUUGAAGAAGCAAGUAUUGAUAUACCAUCAAUUAUUAAAGCUGGUUCACGAAUGUCAACAAACGAAUUUGAAUCAUAUGUUCAAAAAACAGCACCUGAAUCUUAUUGGCAUAUUAUGGCUGAACAUUAUAGAAUUAAACUUGAUGAUGUCACACGUGAAAAUCAACAACUUCAUGAAAUUGUUGAUGGUUUAAGUAAAGAUAAUGAUAAUUUACGUGCAGUUGCGGAUCAUUGUGAAUAUUUAACUGAUAUUAUUGAAAAAUUAACCAGUGAAGAUGAUAAUGAUAAUGAUAAUGCAAAGAAAUCAUCAGUUUGUGUACGCUUGUUUUGA